GGAAGCGGAAGCGGGGAGGCCGGAAGCGGCGGCGCCAUGGAGCUGAGCGAGAUGCUGUAUAACAAGUCCGAGUACAUCGAGACGGCAUCUGGCAACAAAGUCAGCAGACAGUCAGUGCUCUGCGGAAGCCAGAACAUAGUUCUGAAUGGAAAGACGAUAGUUAUGAAUGAUUGUAUCAUUCGUGGUGAUCUGGCAAACGUAAGAGUUGGACGCCACUGUGUUGUGAAAAGCCGCAGUGUCAUCAGGCCGCCUUUCAAGAAAUUCAGCAAGGGAGUUGCUUUCUUCCCUCUCCACAUCGGUGAUCAUGUGUUUAUAGAAGAAGACUGUGUUGUCAAUGCAGCCCAGAUCGGCUCCUACGUUCACAUAGGCAAGAAUUGUGUCAUUGGUCGUAGGUGUGUUUUGAAAGACUGCUGCAAAAUUCUAGCCAACACAGUUCUACCCCCUGAAACUGUGGUCCCACCUUUUACAGUCUUUUCAGGCUGCCCAGGGCUCUUCUCUGGAGAACUCCCAGAAUGCACCCAAGAGCUGAUGAUUGAUGUUACAAAGAGCUAUUACCAGAAGUUCUUGCCACUUACUCAGGUGGCCUCUGCCAGGGCCUAAAGACCAAGUCACCAGCGAAGACCUCACAAACGCAGCCCUGUUAAAAUCCCCUAGAUCUGGCCCCUUUAACCUGCAUCCUCUGGAGCAUCGCUCUGUCCGGGCUCGUCUCUGAACCUCUACCUGCCGGCUGGCUGCACUAACUCGAAUGAUGAAGUGUUCCUAGGUUGGUGCCUGUCACCAUUGCCUCCUGGGAGUUGUAGUUUCCUGGUGUCUACAAUUAGCCUGAUACAGUAGAAUGAACCACAACUUCCAAGAGGAGGCUUUGCUGCACAGCUCUGGAGCAAAUGGAGCUAGUUGGCUUUGGGGGCAAUGGAGACUCCGCUACUGGAUUCCUCUGUUCAGGAACCUUUUAAAAACAUUCUCACUUGCUUAAACAAUAAACCAACCCUGCAUUCUGCCACCAUA